AUGCCAGAAAGAUGGUUUCCAGGAACAUUCGAUAUCAUUGGAUCAUCACAUCAAAUAUUUCAUUUUUUUGUAGUAGUGGCUGCACUUGUGCAUUAUUACGGAGUAAUGGAAGCAAUGGUAUUUUGGCAUGAUCAAAAUCAUAAUUGUCAACUCGAUGUUAAAAUAAUGAAACCUAAAGCAUAUAUAUAG